AUGGAUCAUUACUAUUCUCAAGAUUUCGUUGACGCAAGAAACGUCUGGGGUCACAAGUUUAACUGGACUCACAAUCAUCAAACUGGAUCAGAGAUUAAUCAUCUGCUAUAUUCAUAUGACAAGCUAGCUACAGAUGCCUUGGAUCGACUGGACUACUUCUCCCCACCUAGCUCCAAAGGGUGGAAGUGUCCCCAUGGCUCAGGCCCAGGACAAAGAGACCUUUACGAGCUUCUGAAGAAAUAUGCCAAUUCAGAUGAAAUCUUAGGUCAGCUAUGGAAAGAAGCCUCUACAGUCCCCGAAUGGGUAGACUGGGAGCAGAUUGAGCGUGGACAGCAGGUGGUGUAUCAGUUCAGCGGCCAGGUUCUCUUCGGGCUCCUGUAUCAGUCCCUGUUGGGCGGAAUGGGUGCAUACCGAGUUGUCGAGACUCUUUCUCGAACCGGAGGCUUCGGCGUCAACGUCACUAGACGCCGUCUCUUAGAAACUCUACAGCAUUUCAUGGAAGUCGUCGAAGACAUUGACUCAAUAAAGCCAGGCGGCAAGGGGUAUAUCUCCUCAGUGCGAGUCAGGCUCUUGCAUGCUUCAGUCAGAAGACGACUUAUGCACCUCGAACAACAAAAUCCAGGAUACUUUGACAUGGAGAAGUGGGGAGUGCCGAUCAACGACUUACACACAAUAGGCACUAUUGCAGUGUACUCAGUCGCCAUCGUCUUCGUUGCUCUUCCUCGACAAGGUAUAUAUCUGAAUCAGCAACAAACUGCUGAUUACCUCGCUCUAUGGAGAUAUGUCGGGUACCUUUUGGGAGCACCUACAGACUGGAUGGCCACACCAGAACAAGCCAAGGUUCUAUGGGAGUCCAUCGCAGUAUCUGAAGUAGCCCCGUCAGAAAACUCACGAAUACUCGCAAACAAUAUUCUCACGGCAGAAGCUCGAGCUCCGCCACUGCAUCUGCCCAGAGAGGUUCUUGCAGCUAAUGCGUACAGGCUCAACGGGGACCAACUGGCUGGUGCGCUUGGAAUUGAAAAGCCAGACUGGCGCUUCCGUGCUAUUGUAUGGCUCCAGUCUGUUUUCUUCUUUUUGUUGAGUUACAGUUAUCCCUGGCUGCCGACUCAUAUGCAAAAGGAGCGAGAACAAAAGUUCAAACACUUUGCCAAUUUUAUGAUUCAAAACACAAAAGCGGGCGGUCUUGAAAAAUCAAGCAUAUUUGAAUUCCAGUAUCUGCCACGUGUUGGUAUGCUUACAGAGCUGGGCGUAGGCGCCGAACCAGAGGCGAAGCUGUCGGACUCGGAUAAUGGCUCGAAACUCUUGAUCGCCUUGAAGAAGGCAGUACUUAUAGUUGGGUCAGUUGCUGGGGCCAUGGCGGCGAUGUUGAUCGCUUGA